AUGUUCAGGAGGUCCUCCCGGCGGUAUGACAGUAGGAGGAGGGAUGGCAAGGUCCCUGUUAUAUACAAAUUCGAUGUGCACUGCCUCGACCUCCAGGGCGUGCCAUCGAAGUCGGUCAAGCAGUGCCGACUGGUGCUGUCCAGGGGAACUGAUGUGCAGAUGACGAGGUUGGCAAUGGUAGCUAAUGGUAUUGCCAAGUUCGAUCAGAUGCUCUCCCAUGAAGCCACCGUGUACAAAGCUACACAAAACACAUUGGAGCCAAAGGUCUGUAGCUUCAAGAUUCAGACUCCAGGCAAGGGUUUGGAUGGCAAGAUGUUGACCAUUGGUCGGGCGACAGUGGAUAUGGCGCGUUACGCCUCCCUGCACGCCGACAAACCUGACAUCCUGGAGAUGCCCAUCAGUUUUGAGUUUGGUAGGAGCCGCCAUCCCACUGGCGUGCUGAGGAUCAGCAUCACUGGCACACUGCUGAGGGGACUGACGCCAGAUGAUGCGAUGACUGAGACGUCAGUGUCUGCAGUCAGCACUGCGAGCCACCAACAUGUUUCCGAGCAGGACCUCGCAGGUUUUGAGCCAAGCGACAUGCCCUUCGACAGGAGCAGUCCAAAUUUGCAGACAGAAAGGAGCCCAGUGUACCCUGGGGAGAGGAGUCCAUUGUUCCCGGCUGAGAGGAGUCCGGGCUUCCAGACAGAGCCAGACAGGCCCCUCACCCCAACUGGACAGCAGCAGAAACCGCACCUUGUGUCGGCCCCCUCUACAAUAUCCAACACCAGCAUGACUGCACAGACUGCAGAGUCAUGUUCAAUCAAUUCCCGGCGGUCUCCUGAUAGUGACUGGUCUUUUGAAUGUGACAAAUUGGUCACUGAGGUCAGCGAUCUCAAGGAGGCGUUGGCAAAGGCACAGGCCGAGAAAGACGAGCUGAGGGCUGCCUGCCAGACUGCAGUUGAGCAUGAGGAUGAGCUCCAUGCCCAACUGGAAGAAUUGAGACAGUCACAAGCAGAUGCCCAUAGUGGUGGCGAAGAAGAGGAAGAGGAUGCUGAAGUACAGUAUUUGCGGGACCAGGUUCAGGCGCUUGAGGCAGAGAGAGCGACAUGGGAGCAGAAGUUGGCCGAGGCAGAGCGCUUGAGACUGGCUGAUGAGGCCUCAAAAGAGAAAGGCAUGACCAAGGGCAUGACGUGCGAAUCGGGUAGUGACUGGGAGUUCCAUGUCCAAAGCACUGAUGAUCCACAGUGUGCAUUCAUUCCAAUCCCAAAGAUGCCAAACCAGACACAGGCUGAGAGGGACGAUCUCAAACGGCAACUGGAGGUCAGCGAAAAGACGAUUCAGUCUCUUGAGCACCAGCACAAGGAUGUUCACAACAGGUUAAUGGAACUCACAAACGAAAGGGACGACCUCAAGGAACGGUUGGAGACCAAGGAGAAAGAAGUGUCUGAGGUUGUGCAUCUCAGAGCAGAAUUGAAGGCUUUGGAGGAGGAGAUCUCAGAGGCAAAGAGAGCAGCUGGGGAGCCGUCCAGAACGCUGUCAGACAUGCAGCAGCUGGCAAAGGCUCUUGGUGAAGCAGAGGAGACCAUAGCGGGCAUGGUUGCACCAGGAGAGGUGGAACAGGCCCUUGUCACUGGCUUGUUGAGCACAAGGAAGCACCUUGCAGAGGUAGAGACCGAGAGAUGUGCGCUAUCAGCGCGAUUGACAGAAGCUAAGCAUGGGGAGGAUGAGCUCUUGGAAGCGAGGAAAGAGAAAGAUGAGAUAGCUAAGGAGUUAAGCAUAAGGAUUCAGGAGGCGACUAAGGCAGAGGAAUGGGUGCAGGAGACCCAGCGGACUCUCCGGGCGUCGGAGGACCAGCUGACCACAGCGCUGUCCAGGAUUGAAGAGCUGGAGGCGAACGUGGCCAAAAAUGACGUUAACAUGAAUAGGGUGAUAAGGGAAAAGGAGAUGCUGCUGGAGGACGUCACAUCAGCAGAACGCACUGCGAGAGAAUUGGAGCAGGACCUUUCAGAGCGGGUGGAUAGUUAUAAUAAGAUGGAAGAAAGGCUGCGUGAGGUUACCGCGGAGCUGGCUAUUGCUGACAAAACUGUGAAGCGGCUUGAGAGUGAAAUGGGCGACACUUUGGCUGAAAUGAAUGAGGCAACCCAGAGGGCUGUCCGUAUGGAGGCAAUGUGUGCAGAUCUUGAGGCAAAUGGAAAGGAGCAGACCUCAGAAACAUUGAAAAAAGUCAGAAUGCUCGAUGAGGCGCUUGCUGUUGUGAUGACGCAGAAGAGAGAGCUUGAAGAAAAGGCGAGUGACUCGGAAACCGUUGCCAACAAGCUCAGGGACAAGGUGUCCAUGCUCGAGGACAGCUUGCAAGAAAGUCAAGAGAAGGGAAAGGCCUGUGAGCGUGAGCUGAAGGAGCUGUUGGCAGCAGCUGAGCAGGAGUGCGAGUUGGCACAGCAACACCUGUCGGAAGCAAGAGAUGGGUAUGGUGCAGUUGAGGCCAGGUUGCUUGAGACAAGCCACAGCCUGACUGCAUCUGAAGCCAAGCUGAUCGAAGCCACAGAAAAGCUGACAGCGACGGAAGGCAAGGUGCACGAGGUGCAUGAAGAGAAGUCUGCUCUGGAGCAGAGGCUUGUGGCUAUUGAUCGCCGUGUCCAUGAGUUGGAGGAGAGCUCUGAGCUCAGCAGUGCCAGGACAAAGCAACUCGAAGAAGAGCUGGCAGCCGUGAAAUCCGAGAAAAGGGCGGCGCAGCAGAGAGUGCAGGAGUUGGAGCUGUCCAGGCAGGGGCUUAUGGGCAAGGUUGCCAGUCUCCAGGAAGACCUGCAGGACGACCAUGACACAGCAAUUGCCGCCCUUGAGGAAAAGUGGUCCAGCAUAGUGGCUGAGCUUGAGAGUGAGAAUGCAAACUUGCGCAAGAGGGAAGCCAGCCUGAAUGAUAGUCUGACCUCUGCCAAGGGCGAGGUUGACAAGGUCACCAAGACACUUGGGCAGCGUGUGCGGAAACUGGAGGCCGAGGCAGGUGAAAACGUGUCAAAGCUGGGCAGGCUGGAGGUGGAGAGGGAAGAUCUGGGAAGCCAGGUGCAGGAGCUUCAGAAGCAGGUUGUCCAACUCAAGCUCGAAAGGGACGAUGCUAAAGAGGACCGUGCAGAUGCUGGCUCAGAGCUGCAGCGCCUCAGAGAAGGAGCAGAAGCGUUGCAGGUUGCUGCCAAAGGGCAGCAAGAUUUUGCCAAAGAUCUCAAGAACGCCAGGGCGGCAGUCACAGAGCUGGAAAGCGAAAAGCAAUGGCUCCGGGAACAGAAUCGGCAGCUGACUGAGAGGAUGGGGGAAGCUCAGUUCAAAGUCACGGAUCUUGAAGAGUUGGUGCAGGAGGCUGAGGAGGAGCGCAAGGAGUUGAUGGCAGAGGUCGCCAGUGCCAGGGCUAGGCUCAGGGACCUAAGCAAGUUGGAGGCUGCCUUUGGCAAUUUGCAAGAUGAAGCCAAGGCCCUCAGGGACGAGAAUGCGAUGUAUCAAGAGAAUAACCAGCGGCUCAAGGAGGAGGUUACGGCCGCCGCUGCGACAACGAUCCAAGACAAUGAUAGCCUUCAAACAGAGUUGUCCCACCUUCGGUCUUCCACUGAUGAGCUCACGCUGGAGAUCACCGAUCUGAGGGCGCAGAACGUCAGUCUCAAAGCUGAGGUGGAUGCGAUUAAGGCUGCCUCUGCCACGGCUGCCCAGGCAACUGCCCGAGCUGCGAUUGUGGAGAGGGAGACUAGCGGACUGAGGAAGCUUGUAUGUAACCUUGAGAGGGAAAGGGAUGGCCUGCGGGAGGAGUUGGAUGCUCGGUCUGCAGCAUUGGAGGAGGCGACAUCGAGGGUGCAGUCGCUUUUAAUAAGCAACAAUAAGCUAGAGGGUGUUAUGGCUCUGAAGCUCGAGACGCUUGAAGACCUUGAGGUCGCACGGGCCAGGCUGCAGGAUGGUGCACCACCCAAGGGCCGUGUAGCCCGUGGACUUGCGAUUUACGAGGGUGCACGGGGUGGCAACACAGGGGAAGCUGAAGUGCUCAGGAAGCGCGUGGCCUCUGUUCAAGCAAAAACGAAAGAGGCCAGCGAGCGUGCUGAGCAGGAAGCCGAGAGGGCCAAGCAAGAAGGUGAACGUGCCCAGCGCGAAGCUGAGCGGGCUAAGCGGGAGGCCGAUGAGAGGGAGGUCCUCGUCCGACAGAAGAAGGACCUGGAGAUGGCGCUCGAGGAGAUGUCCGCGAAGAACGCGCGGCUGCAGGAAGCCGCCCACACGCUGCUGGUCAAGAUGGAGCGCCAGUACUCGGGAGACCAGGAGCCCGACGUCGUAGAGGAGAUCGACCGCGUGAUGCACGACCUCGUGAGGUCCAAGAUGGAGCUGGCGCAGCUCAAGGAGGAAUGCGUCGUGCUGCGAAAAGAGCUGUACAAGUCCAGAGAGAACGGCAUAGAGAUGGCGGCCAAGAUCACGAAGCUGGAGGCUGUGCACCACGAGAGGGUGGCCGUGACCAAGGCGCACACCUGGACGGACCUGCGGUUGGACGACGACGGAGGGCCAGAGGCCCAGGGGGGGCUGGAUGCCAGGCGAUCGUCGGGGUGA